GGCUAAAACCCUAAUCUCCGUCGAGCUAAAUCCGACGAUGGCUCUUCUCCGGCGAUUCGUGAACGAAGCGAACAUUCCGGAUUUCUCCUUCAAUCGAUCUCGAGGCGUUCAUUCUCCACCGUUAAUCCCAAUCCAAUAGCUUCUCCUGGUCGUCGUACUUGCGUCGAAUUCGAUAACCUCAUCUACGAAGCCGGAAACUCUGGCGACUUCGAAGCCGUACGUCGUCUUCUCAACAGCCGCGUUGUUAACGCGUGUUUCAACACGACCGCAACAUUCAAAUUCCUAACAAACACAGACUCUUACUCUUCCUCCUUAGAAGAUCUCCGCCGCAUUUUACCUCAUACCGAUCCCGGUUAUACUCGGAAACACGCAUACGAAACUCUCAUCGCGCGACUCUGCAAACUCGGCCGGAUCGACGACGCUCUGGUCUUGAUCAACGAUAUGGCAAUCGGAAAAUUCGAACUCUCAACCUCCAUAUUUCAUCCGAUCUUGAACACACUCACGAAGAAGAACAGAAUCGAAGAAGCUUGGCGCGUGGUGGAAUUGAUGAGAUCUCACGCGAUUCCGGUGGACGUGACUUCAUACAAUUACUUUUUAACUUCGCAUUGUUACGACGGUGACGUGGCGGAGGCGAGCAAGGUGCUGAGGAAGAUGGAAGAGGAGAAGGAAGGGGUUAUGUCGCCGGACACGCGUACUUACGACGCGCUUGUGUUAGGCGCGUGCAAAUCAGGGAAAGUUGAAGCUGCGUUGGCGAUUCUGAGGAGGAUGGAGGAAGACGGGUUACCGGUAUUAUACGCCACGCAUGCGCACGUUAUUGGAGAGUUGGUGGAGAAUGGCUAUUAUGCGCCGUCUGUGGAAUUUGUGAUGGCGUACGCCGGAAAAGAUAAGAAAUUAGAUGAAGAGAAUUUGGGAAGUUUAGCUAGUAAGCUUAUUAAGAGGAAGAGGUUUAAAGAAGCUAAGUUGGUUUUGAAGGAGAUGAGUGUUAGAGGAUUGAGAAUGAAAAAUGCUUUACGUGAAUUUCAUGAUACUAAUAUGUUAAAAUCAUGAUUAUGAAUCUAUGAAUGUAUAAUAAGGUUUCGUGAUACAAAUGAAUCUGUUAUUGACUC